GGCCAGGAUCCUCUGCACAAGUCAGCAGCUUCUCUUCCAGCGCAGCUCGAGAGUCAUCCUCCAACCUUCAUCCUCCAGCAGGUCUGUGCAGCUGCAGUCGGCAUGUCGAACUCGGACAGGGUUGUGUUGGCUCUGGGAGGAGCGGGAAAAGUGGGCUCCGGGAUCGUUAAAGCACUACUGGAUAAAGGUUUUAAAGUGGCAGUGAUCUCCAGAGACAGCAGCCGACUGGAGAAACUCCGAUCGUUUGUCUCUCCCAGCACAAAGGAUAACCUCACCACUGUAGUGGGAAAUGUGGGGUCGGAGGAGGAGGCGGAGCAGGUGAAGCAGGCCCUGCUGAAGGAGGUGGGGAAGGUCACCGACAUAGUUUCCUCUCUGGGCUUCAGCUGGUGGCAGGGAGGACCCCCACACACCCAGUCCCUCAAAGAUCUACACUGGGUCAUUGAGACGUUGCUCUUCAGCACAUUUGUGUCAUGGAAGGCCUUCUUCCCCCUGGUGAGGGACGACUCCAACUGCACCUACACGCUGAUCACAGGAGGAGCAGGAGAGAAGCUGCUGAUGCCCGGUACAGGCUUCCUCACCGUGGGAGCUGCCAGCACCCUGGCCUUCUGCCAGGUGCUGCGAGAGGAGUACCCCGAGCUGCCCUGUAAACUCAACCAGGUGAAGAUUAACACAGGUGUAGCCACUCCUGAUCACAUGGCGCCCGGCUACCUGAACCAUCUGGACCUGGGCGAGGCUGUCGCCGCCCUCAUUGAAAGACGAAACACCUCCCACACCACCUUCACCAUCAACUGCCCCGCAGACUUAAAGAGUGUCCUUCUGGAGAGGAACCUUUAGACUCAACCCCACCUUCCUCCAGCAUCACCUGGACAGGAUCGCACUGCUUCUUCUCCCGCACUCAGCAUAAACAGCCUCCUUUGAUUUCCUCUCACACAGCUCUGAAACCUAUGACCUUUUGACCUAUGACCUUAUUUUCCUGCCUGUUCUACAUCAUUAGCAAGUUUUCUGUCAGCAUGAGCUUUUUACAUGAUAAUCUGUAAGAAACCCCACCUCCUGUCAGCUGCUAUACACUGUUACAGUCACAUGAUACCAUGACGCUGUUGCUCUUUCUAAUCCCUGUGCAUCUACUAAAUAUAUUGGUGUAAGUGGACCUCUUAAGGCCACAUGGUUGGACAGAGCAGGUAAAGUCUGACGGUGCAGGGAGGAGGAAUUGAUUUCAGGAUUACACCCACUGGCUCCAAAUGUAUCUGCACAUCUGGAGUCAAAGAUACUCGGAGUAGAUUUAUGGAAUAAUGUUCUAAUAAGCAAACACACAGUGGCUGUAACUGCCACCAUAAGGUCCAAACAAAACUCAGAAAUCUGUUAGUAAAACACA